AACAGAUAUCAUGUUCAAGUUACUAAUUUCUUUGGAAAUUCCAUAUCCAUUCGCUAAAUGUGAUCCUACAUCCAGUUUCAUAACACACCUUGUGUGCUACUGUACCCAAGUUCCCAAUCUUAUCUUGUCCCUGGGGAGAAAUAAACUCUUCGCGUUUUCUAUGCGAAUCAUGAAUGUGCAAAAUCUACGGGGUUUUGACAACGACUCGAGAACAAAGAUACGUGGAACCAAAACCGACAUUAGAUGCGAAAUGGGUGGUUCAGGGUCUGCAUUCACCGUUGACACACACCGCGUUCAACAAGACUCAACGUGCAGUGCACCCAUGGAAGUAAACCCUAAACCCUUGCCUCAAAUCUUCCUUCCUUGAAAACAUUUUCUCUUUACACGGAAAUAUCAAUCUUUUCCCUCCCUAAAAAUCAAAUUAAAACCGCGUAAUCUGAUAAUUCAAUACCGAUUAAAAGUUUGAAAAAUCUAACAUCAAAUGGCCAUUUACUGAGCAAUGGCAAAUCUCAACCUGAUUUUUUGCCGUGUUUGGGUCAUUAAACGCACUCCAUUACUGGUUAAUAGUCUUUGUUAAACUAUUGUAGAUCCGAGUUUAUACCGGCAUAUUAAAAGUUGGGUCCUAUUUUCCAAUUAAAAUAGAUAAUCAACUGAAACUGAAUUAGUUUGUCAUCAUUUUCUUCAAUACCAUAUUUAGUUAAUAAAUUCUUUCUUUAUGUGUUUUUUCUGUUUUAUCUUUAUAUUCUUAAAGACCCGUUCUUGAUAAAGACUGAACCUUGACCUAUUGUUGUUUUUACCUUUUCAAAUUCUGAGCUUUCAGCACUGAAAAUUCCAAAUUUCUUUAUCUGGUUUUCUUUCCAUAUCCAAGAUUUUCCAUAGUUAUUGUUUCUUCCUCUCCUUCUCUGUGAAGAAAUUUCCAUAAAUUCUCAGAUUCUAGUUACACAUAGACAGAUUCUGGUAUUAGAUAAAGAUGGGUGGUUGUUUAAGUAAGAACAAGGUUACAAAACCUAACAAGAAUAACAAGGUUAUGGGAUCAGAAAUUAAUAAAGGGUAUCAAAUUCAGCAGCAAUCAAAACCUAGAAUUCAAGAACCCAUUAUUCACAUCUCUAAAUCUCCCGUUGCAGAGAUUCUUCCAAUGCCUCCUCCUCCUUCCCAAGCACACCCACAGCCUGCAGCACCAGCACAACCACAGCCUGCAGCAGCAGAACAGCCACGGCCUCAACCACAGGCGCAGACCCAGCAAUGUCCACCACCAUUAAAACCUGCAACAGUAAACCCAUUAAAAAUACCUAUUCAAGGACCAGAAACAAUUCUGGGGAAGCCGUAUGAAGACACUAAGAAACUGUAUACACUUGGGAAAGAAUUAGGUAGAGGUCAAUUUGGGAUAACUUAUCUUUGUACUGAAAUAUCAACAGGGCAAUCUUAUGCUUGCAAAUCUAUAUUGAAGAGGAAGCUUGUUAAAGUUAGUGAUAAAGAAGAUAUAAGGAGAGAAAUUCAGAUUAUGCAACAUUUAACAGGUCAACAGAAUAUUGUUGAAUUUAAAGGAGCUUAUGAAGAUCAACAAUCUGUUCAUCUUGUUAUGGAACUUUGUGAAGGUGGAGAGCUUUUUGAUAGAAUUAUUGCUCAAGGUCAUUACUCUGAAAGAGCUGCAGCAGCUAUUUGUAGGUCAAUUGUAAGUGUUGUGAAUAUUUGCCAUUUCAUGGGUGUUAUGCAUCGUGACUUGAAACCAGAAAAUUUCUUGCUCUCUAGUAAGGAUGAAGGUGCAUUAUUGAAGGCUACUGAUUUUGGGUUGUCUGUCUUUAUUGAAGAAGGCAUGGUUUAUCGGGAUAUCGUGGGCAGUGCCUAUUAUGUUGCUCCUGAAGUAUUAAAGCGUAAAUAUGGUAAAGAAAUCGAUGUUUGGAGUGCAGGGGUCAUGUUGUAUAUUCUUCUCAGUGGAGUACCUCCUUUUUGGGCAGAAAAUGAAAAGGGAGUAUUUGAAGCUAUUUUAUUAGGAGAAAUUGACUUUGCAAGUGCUCCAUGGCCUACAAUAUCGAAUAGUGCCAAAGAUUUGGUUUCAAAGAUGCUGACGCAGGAUCCAAAAAAGCGGAUUACUGCUGCAGAAGUUCUUGAACACCCAUGGAUGAGAGAAGGUGGAGAGGCAUCAGACCAACCAAUAAACAGUGCAGUUCUGAAAAGGAUGAAGCAAUUUAGAGCGAUGAACAAGCUCAAGAAACUUGCACUGAAGGUCAUCGCUGAGAACCUUUCCGAGGAAGAUAUCAAAGGCUUAAAACAAAUGUUCAAAAACAUCGACACUGAUGAGAGUGGCACAAUCACCUAUGAAGAACUGAAAACGGGUUUAGCUAAACUUGGUUCCAAGCUAUCUGAAAUUGAAGUCAAGCAACUCAUGGAUGCUGCUGAUGUUGAUGGAAACGGGACAAUUGAUUAUAUCGAGUUUGUAAGCGCAACUAUGCACAGACACCGGCUAGAAAGAGAUGAAUAUCUGUACAAAGCCUUUCAAUUUUUUGAUAAAGAUAAGAGCGGUUUUAUUACAGUAGAUGAAUUGGAAGUUGCAAUGAAGGAUUAUGGGAUGGGUGACGAAGGAAGCAUUAAAGAAAUAAUAUCAGAAGUGGAUACAGAUAAUGAUGGGAAGAUCAACUACGACGAGUUUUGUGCGAUGAUGAGAAGUGGAGGGCCACAGACAAAGCUCUUCUAGGUGCACUGAUGGCCAUUUUUCGUUUUUUCGGGUUUCCAUGAUGUCUUCACUAGUUUAUGAUUUCAGCAUAAGGGACUCCAUGACCUGUUAGGAAGGAUGGUCUUAGAGGACCUGGAGAAGUCUUACUGUAGGUCUUAAUUACGUGCAAUUCGUAUUUCUCAAGUUGGGCAACAACUCUCUAUCAUCAAAAUGAAAUGUCAAUUUGAGAAUAAAAAGGCGCCAAUUUUAGGCAGUUUAUAAGAGUUCUGAUUAGCUGCAAUUUUUGUGCA